AUGGCUUACUUAAACACUGGAAAUUUUGAGUUAGCUGGUUGCACAAGCGAACAGAUGCUCUCAGUCGCAGAUGAAUGCCAGAUACUCGCACUACAAGAGAGAUUCCGAGAAAGUCUUCCUGCUCCUCAGCCUAAGUCAGGCCCUCAGACGUCAACAGUCCCCUUCCCACCUCAUCUGCCUUCUCCCGUUCCCAUAUUUUCGCCUGUUCCAAACCCUUUUCUUCUAUUGAACUUGCACUCACAGCUGCAAGCUGCUAAUUUCCUUCAGAUGUUUAUGUCGCAACUACAUCCUGCAUCUCCAAGCCAAGAGCCAGCUGAUGAUAAAUCGUGUAAAAAACGAAGGGCGCAAGCUGAAGUUAGAGAAAUGAAAAAGGCUCAUUCUCUUGAUACUGAAGAACCCUUCGACAAUCUUGGCGAUGUAAUCAUUCCAAGUACGGACAAAGAAGGAUGGUGUCGUAACAAGAAGUACAUCGAGAAGACAGACGCAGGCUUUAUGUGUAUAGUUUGUAAGAAAAUUUAUGGACGUUAUAACUCGGUGUCAUAUCACGUGACGAUUUAUCACCGAAACCCUCCCAUCAAGUGAGU